CAGGACUUGAACCAGUGCCCAUACAUCCAGUGCCAGCAUCAUAGGUGACAGUUUUACCUGCUAUGCCACAAUGGUGACUCUGGCUUGUCUUCACAGAGAGCAUUGUGAAAAAGAUCAUCCAUCUCCAGGCUUUUUACAUGAUACUUUCACUACAGUCCAAGAGAAGUUGCUUUUUUGCCAAUGUUAGAUAGAAUAAUUGGAGCAUUUAACAUUGCCUUUCUCAGUUUCUGAUUCUUUUUUAUAUUUUCUGUCGUCUGAGGACUAAUGAGUGGGGACCAUUGUGACUCAGCAGUUAUAUCUUAAAACAUAAGUAACUGGGAAUUUAUGUGAUUCACCUGAGUUCAAAUUGCAAAGAGAUUCAAUAAACAAAAUGCACUAACUGAGAUAAUUGAUUCAGAGAUGUUUGGUUACAGCUACUAACACAUUGUCUCCUGGGAAAAUACACACAGAAACCAGCAGAGUUACCCAGAGAAAAAGAUGGCUGUGCCUCUCUGAGGACAAUGCAUAGUGCAGUAGCCUAGCAGGCAGGAAUUCUGACUUGCAUUAGCUUCACCCUGACAGGCUAGGUCUCCUUGGCAUGGGCAGUGGUGUGCCCAGGGGCUUGGAUGCUUGAAGUGAAGCUAUUGUUGAGUGCAGAAUGCUCAUUUGAAAGGGAAUGCCUCACAGGAAAGAAAGCCAGUUGCAAGUUGGGGCUGUUGCUAUGGCGCUUUGCUAUUCCUUCAAUAUGCUGUACAUGAACUCCUGCAAUUGCAAGGGUAGGAUAAUAGAGGGGAGGGAGGAGAGGAAUUGAAUUGGCUUGGUUUGGGAAUCCCACUGCAGUAGGGUUCUAUUCUUAGAUCUUCUUGCUUAUUCGCUAAAGCUGACAAGGACAGGUAAGGGGAGAGGAUGAGGGAGGGAGCGAGAGGGAGACAAACCUCUAUAGGAAAGGCAUGCCUUUUCAACAUGCCCUAGGAGGCUAAAAUAAAAUAAAAUUAAUGUAGCUUAGUAAACAGUCCCUCAUAUCCCCAAAUAAUUUGCUGUUCAGCUAGCAAAAAUUUUUUCCAACACUUUCUAGAUCCUAGAUGGAAAGAUUAAAGAAGUUUAAUCUAAUUGUCAAAUGCAUCUAAUAUGCAUAUUACUGAGCUGAAGGAGUGCAGAAAAAAAUCACAUGUUGCAUAUAAGCUACUUUUCAAGCAAAAUAAAUUAAAUCCAUUCUCAUUCAUUUUGUUGUGAAAGCAGGGUAAAUGCAUCAGCCUACCAUCUGUGGGCAAAUAAUCCUCAGAAAAUCCUGUUAGAAACAAAAAACAUCGUGUAUACUGGGAACCUAGUCUGCAGACAGCCACAAUGCUAACCUUUUUCCAUGCAAGAAAAAUGUUCAGAAAGUAAAUCAAUCAACUGCGCCAUCUCUGAAAGGAUUGGAGGGGCUGAGCUUUGUGCGUAGCUGCAUCAGCGGACAGCAGGGCUGCAGCGGAGAGAGAGGGUUAAGGAACACCUAGUCGAAAUGGGGGAGGGUAGAGACUUGAGAUUUGCUUAAGUAUUCAUGGGGCUUCCUCCAUUUUCAUCUUCUGCUUUUCAAAAGAUGGCUGUGUUUCCCUGUCUGGCAAGUCCUCAGGAAAGAAGAAUUGCUGCUUCGUUGCAGAGUUCAGCUGAGUAGGACUAAUCUAGAGUGGAAACCCCUUCGGCCUCCAGGGCUAUUCAUAAUUCAUAAGUGCUGCAAAGCAGCCAGCUGAAUACAUUUGGACAGGCUCUUGCUCCUUCGUGCAAUGCCUGAUUUCAUUACUCUCUCCUGCCAGGAAAUAAGCAGGGAGCACGGGGCUUUUUGUAAGAGUGGAGUGCGAAGAUGGGUUUUGCCUGGAUUAGGAAAUGCCAUCAAUUUUGGAAGCUUUGUCUUUCCUAAGUUGUGAUUAUUUUACCACUGGAUCUGCAGGGCUUUCCUGCUCCUUUUGGGACUGCUCUUUCAGAACUCUGAAUUCUUUUCCAAGGGAUUUGUGGAUUGUGGCAAGGAGAACAUCCAAAAUGCCUGAGGCUAACUAUUUGUUAUCUGUAUCUUGGGGUUACAUCAAGUUCAAAAGAAUGCUGAACCGGGAGCUGACACACCUCUCAGAGAUGAGCCGAUCAGGGAACCAGGUGUCUGAAUAUAUUUCAAACACCUUCUUAGAUAAGCAGAAUGAUGUGGAAAUCCCAUCUCCCACCCAGAAAGACCGGGAGAAAAAGAAAAAGCAACAGCUCAUGACACAGAUAAGUGGAGUGAAGAAGCUGAUGCACAGUUCAAGCUUAAACAAUACAAGCAUCUCACGCUUUGGAGUCAACACAGAAAAUGAAGAUCACCUGGCCAAGGAGCUAGAAGAUCUGAAUAAAUGGGGAUUGAAUAUCUUCAAUGUGGCUGGAUAUUCACACAAUAGGCCUUUAACUUGCAUCAUGUAUGCUAUAUUCCAGGAAAGAGACCUCCUAAAGACAUUCAAAAUCUCAUCUGACACAUUUGUGACCUACAUGAUGACUUUGGAAGAUCAUUACCACUCUGAUGUGGCAUAUCAUAACAGCCUCCAUGCUGCUGAUGUGGCCCAGUCAACACACGUUCUUCUUUCAACACCAGCUUUAGAUGCUGUCUUCACAGAUCUAGAGAUUCUGGCUGCCAUUUUUGCAGCUGCCAUCCACGACGUGGAUCACCCUGGAGUCUCCAAUCAGUUCCUCAUCAACACAAAUUCAGAGCUUGCUCUGAUGUAUAAUGAUGAGUCUGUGUUGGAAAACCAUCACCUUGCUGUGGGUUUCAAACUGUUGCAAGAAGAACAUUGUGACAUCUUCCAGAAUCUCACCAAGAAGCAGCGUCAGACACUCAGGAAAAUGGUCAUUGACAUGGUGUUAGCAACUGAUAUGUCCAAACAUAUGAGCCUGCUGGCAGACCUGAAGACAAUGGUAGAAACAAAAAAAGUUACAAGUUCAGGUGUUCUUCUCUUGGACAACUACACUGAUCGUAUACAGGUCCUUCGCAACAUGGUACACUGUGCAGACCUGAGCAACCCCACCAAGUCCUUGGAGCUGUAUCGUCAAUGGACAGACCGCAUCAUGGAAGAAUUUUUCCAACAAGGAGACAAAGAGCGGGAGAGGGGGAUGGAGAUCAGCCCAAUGUGUGAUAAACACACAGCUUCUGUGGAAAAGUCCCAGGUUGGUUUCAUUGACUACAUUGUCCAUCCACUGUGGGAGACCUGGGCAGAUCUGGUGCAGCCUGAUGCUCAGGACAUCCUGGAUACACUAGAAGAUAACAGGAACUGGUAUCAGAGCAUGAUCCCUCAGAGUCCCUCUCCACCACUGGACGAGAGGAACAGAGACUGUCAGGGCCUCCUGGAGAAGUUUCAAUUUGAACUGACUCUGGAAGAGGAGGAUUCUGAAGGACCUGAGAAGGAGGGUGACGGCCACAGUUAUUUCAGCAGCACAAAGACACUUUGUGUGAUCGAUCCAGAAAAUAGGGAUUUGCUGGGAGAGACUGACGUAAACAUUGCGACAGAAGACAAGUCCCCAGUUGACACAUAAUCUCCCUCUUGCUGUGGAGAAGAACAUUCCAUCUUUGACAAGCAUGCCAACUAUGUGGUAGGGUCAGCCUGCCAUGGGGGCCAAGGCCUACACAGGAUAAGGGCCACCUGGCCUUUCAAGUUACUUGAGUUUGGAGACAGAAUGCAAGGUCAUGAAGCAAAUAGCAGCUCAGGAAAUUCCACACUUGACUUGCCUUGCUUGCAAGCAUGGUGGAGAGCUGAAGCUUCAUGUGGUAGUAGAGGCCAGUGUUGAUCACAACUAAGAUGGCUUGAAAAUGGAAGACACAAAACUGAGAGAUUUUUCUGCACUAAGUUUCAGGAACCUGUCCUUGCUAGUGAGUGAACUUACUAAUAACGUCAUUGAUAAACCUGCUCACCUGUCCCCUUGUCUGCCAACCUGUGUGCCUUUUUUGUAAAGCAUUUUCACGUCUUUAAAAAUGCCUGUUGAAUACCUAGAGUUAAGUAUCGACUUCUACACAGAUAAGAAUUUAAAGUUCACCCAAACUUUUUCGGCUUUCUGGGGAGUUAAAAAAAAAAAACAGGAAAGGAAACUGUCUUCCUUCUUUCUUGGGCAAUAUCUUUCACAUUACUACAGUUAAUUGCGAGCAGACAGAAAGGAUGCACUUCUAACCACACUGUGUUUCCUUCCCCUGUUGUCCAAUCCAAUUCCACAACUGGCCUUAUAAUUUAUCUCGCUUGCCUGCUUCCAACAGUAUCUCUUCUCGUCUAGAGUUUCCUUGUUGUUGCUGUAAACAGAAUAAAGUUGAACAAACUAAGGGGCAGGAAGGGUAGUUGUGUUGUUCACCGUGAAAGUCUGUGUCAUGCUCAGCUCAAAAGUCAGUGUGCCCUGAUCUGUACUAGAUGCGUGUGCCACUGCGAGUUGCAUGAUCCCUCGUCCUCCUUCUCCCCUCUUCACACAAAGACGCUGUUUCAAUUUAAUGCUGCCAUCUUCCUCUUGCACUGCCUUCUGCACUAACACCUCCAUUCCUGUUUAUAACCAUGUAUUUAUUACUUAAUGUACAUAAUGUAAUGUUUUGUAAGUUAUUAAUUUAUAUAUCUAACAUUGCCUGCCAAUGGUGGUGUUAAAUUUGUGUAGAAAACUCUGCGUAAGAGUUCAGAAUUUUUCUUGUAAGAUUUUGUAUUGUGUAUUAUAUAUAUAACCCAAACACUGCUUCAGAGAGAUGUAUGCCCUGCUCAGCAGUAAUGACUGGGGGCUUUUGUCCAGAGUUUGCCUUUUCCUUAAGUUGCUAAUGAUGCACAACCUCUUUAUGAACCGAUUUUGCAAACAGGAUUCUCACAUUAGAUACUAAAUGGUUUAUACUGAGCUUUUACUUUUAUAUAGUUUGAUAGGGAUAGUGGGCAAUGGGACAUAGUUUAUACCCAUGUUCCAUCCAAAUCUGUAUACGCAUGAGUUGGGUUCUAACUGGGUUCUAUUAUAAUUGUGACUUCGGUUCAAAAAGAAACACUACAUUUGCUCACAGAAAAUUUUACUGCAAGUUUGCAAACUACUGACUGAAGAGCUAGCCUCCUGCCUGCCAUGACGCAAGGAUGUCAUGUUCCCAUUCAUUAUAAAACAAUAAAGCAAUGUGAAUUUUUAUGAUAAAAUGUGAACUGAUGUAGUAUCUUAAGCAAAUGUGAAGCUUCUUCUGAUAACACUCGUUAGGCUUCUUCCUGGUGUCAGUUUCAGUUUGUAACAUAUGUUUCAUGCUUCAGUUCAGCAUUGUGACUCCAUAGAUAACGAAAGUGGCACAAUUGGGCAUGACCAAUAGGCUUGUGUGUCUAUGAACACUGCAUUGUUUCAGGUGGACAUUUUAUUUUCUCAAAUGUUUCUCACAAUGUAUGUUAUACUAUUAUAUAUUGUGUUCAAAUGCAUUCUUAAGAGACUUUUAUAUGAGGUAAAUAAACAAAAGCAUGAUUAAA